UUCUUAAAUUCUUAUUUUAUUUGCCCAAUCCCCAAGUCCAAUUUUUUUACAUUCAUAAUCAUACUUUACGGGGUUUGAUUUUUGUCUAGUUAAUGUCAUUUGUGUUAAUGAAUGCUUUCUUGUCCACCUGCUCUUAUUUUUAAUCAUUUGUAAAAUUAUGGUAUGCCGUGCGAUUUCUAUGAAUCAAUACCAGCAUGUGUUAAAAGUUUAAUUCUUUUUCUAUUUUCUUAGCUAAUUUAAUGAAUAGAUUCGUACUUAGAAAUGUAAAAUUUUGGUCGGAGUUUGGUCGGCGGUGGUAGGAGUCCAGUAAAACAGAGGCAAGCAAGGGGAGGGAUGAAGUGGGAGAAGGAGACGAAGGGUUAGAGGGCAUAAAUGUCUUUUUAGUAUAAAUACGUGGGCGUUAUUAGUAAACGCGAGCGUCAAUUAACAAACCCAUUUUUUUAUUGCCAAAAUUAUAAAAUUAAGAACAAAACUUAAAUCAUCCCCUUUUUAACUCUGAGAAGUAUCGAACUAGGGUUUCACUUCACUGUUACAAAGUCUUCCAAACUCGGGCAGUUUGUUUGCCGAGUCCGAUCUUGUGAUUACUGUCUCCAAUUAUUUCCACCAAAAUUCAACACCUUUACUUACCGUGUAGUCGCCGGAACGGGAAAUACAAAUGUCGAAGACGGCGGCGACGCCGUUUCAAGUUGCUUCUCUAAUAAACCCGCCGUCGUUUCCAAACGCUAUCGUGUGGUCGGACGACAACUUAAUCGCCGUCGCAUCAGGCGACAUUGUCACUAUUAUGAAUCCAGAGUAUCCUCAGAAUCCACGAGGUGUGAUCACUCUUACUCCGGGAAAACCUUUUCCUAUUGGUGUAAUUGAUAAAGCAGAUUUGUUCGCUGGUUGUUUACUGCCCACUCGUCUGUCACGAGAUCGUCAGCCUUGUGUUCGAUCACUUUCAUGGUCACCUGUUGGAUUCACUCCUCACAACGGGUGCUUGCUUGCUGUUUGCUCUGCUGAAGGGCACGUGAAGGUUUACCACCAACCAUAUUGUGAGUUCCAAGCUGAAUGGAUAGAGGUAAUGGAUAUCUCAGACAUGCUCCAUGGGUAUUUUGCUAAGAUCAAUUACGGGGAGCCUGAAGCUCCCUUAUCGGCUGUGUUUGAUGAUUCAGCUGGUCAAAUCAGAACCGAAAAUAUUACUGCUGCUGAUAAAAUUGAUCUCACCUCAAAAAACCAUAAACGAAAAAGGGACAAGGACUUCAACCAUCCUGGAGAAGUUGAUGUCACAAAUGCAGACUCUCUUUGUGACAUUCAUGCGAUGAAAGUCGUGACAGAGUCAGUCGUUUUUCGAAGUGCAGUUAUGCAAGAGGGUUCCUCAGUGGAGGUCUUCAAAAUGGAUGGUGGGCAGAAUGUCUGGGUUGCUGGCACAUUGCAGCGUUUAGAAGGUCCAAUGGCCCUUGUCCACCUUCAUGAAACAGGUGCAACUGGAGAACCACAGUGGCUCAGGAUGGAUUCUGUAAGGGAUUUGCCCAACCAACCCAAUAAUCCGGGUGUGCCUGCAGCUGAUUCGAACUACAGUGUCCCUGAAAUUCGUCCUUUUAUGGAUGUGGGUCGUCUCCCUCAAAAUAUACUGUUGGCCGAGCAUAGUGAAGUGGGUGAGAUUCUAAAAUCUGGGCAGCUAGUUGAAGCCUGGAGUAGAGAUAGGUGGCUUGAAGGAGUUUUAGUGGACUUUUCUAAUAAAGCCCCUCUGGUCAAAUUCAUUGGAGAUGCUGAGGCUGUGGAAUUAAAUACUAGUGAUGUUAGGUUGGCACCCUUGUGGAUUGCAGAAGAAAAAUCAUGGAAAGUUACUGUUGUCCAGUUACAUGUGCAGGAUUCACCAGAGGUGGUGGUAAAAGGAAGUAGCUAUAGGAAAGUAAAUAACUCUUCUCAAAAGGCUUCUGCAGCCAAAAAUGGAAUAAAUUUCGUUAAAAAGACUCCCAAUAACGAUGCCAAACAUCUUUUGACUGCUCAUCAAUAUGCUUUACGCUCUUCAAUGCUGUCGUCACUUGUCGUUGCAUGGUCUCCGCAACUGCAAUUGUCUGCAACAGAUACCCAGAAAGCAUGUGAUUAUUCUUGUUUACUAGCUGUUGGAACAAAGUCCGGAAGUAUUUCAAUCUGGAAGACUCAAAGACCAGCAUACUACUCUGUUGAGCAUAGUAAUGAUCCAAUAAACAUGAAUAUUAUAGGAAUUGUUCAUGCUCAUGAUACAUGGGUCACUGCAUUGAGCUGGGGCUUUCUUGCCUCUGAUUCAAAUCCGCGUGUUCUAUUGGCUUCUGGUUGUUGUGAUGGGAGUGUGAAGAUCUGGCGUGCACGUGUCUGUGAUCUAAAAAAGUUGUCCGGAACUGACCAGACUCCCUUCUCUUUAAUUAAUGAGGUUACGGCUGGGAAUAAUGUCCUAGUGUCGGCAAUUUCUCUGUGUGUUCCAGUUCAAUCUCCACGGAUGAUUCAGUUAGCUGCCGGGAAAGGAUCUGGAUCUUUUGAAGUAUGGGCAUGUAAUACAAAGACCAAGAAAUCAAAUAAAGUUGGAUCUUAUGAUGCUCAUGUCCAAGCUGUCACAGGUUUAGCUUGGGCUUUUGAUGGACGUUGUUUAUAUAGUUGCAGCCAGGAUAAUUCGAUGCAUGGAUGGAUAUAUCACAAGGGCGCUCUGUCUCAAGUCUCUAUUCCACCAAAUAAUCUUGGAACCAGAAGCUUCUCUGAUCAUCCUUCCGUGUCAGACUCGUGCUAUGGGGUGGCAAUUUCCCCUGGAAAUUUAGCACUUGCUGUGGCACGCAGAUUUGAUGCUGGACAGUUAGAUCAUAUGUACCAGAAAAGGACCCAGAGGGCUGCGGUUGAAUUCUUUUGGAUUGGAGGGCAACAGGUGGAAUUUUCAUCAACUCAGAACUUAGAGCUUGAUGUUGAAGUUUGCUCUGGUUUUUCCAAGGAAGAUCUAGGAUAUUGGGGGUCCAUGUUUCUAUGGUCUCUAAAACAGUAUGAAUGCCAAACUAAACAUCUGGUUGUCUGGGAUAUUGUAGCUGCUUUCUCGGCUUUCAAGCCGUGUGCACCUCGGUUUAUCAAGCACGUAGUACUGAGGUGGCUGGAGCUAUUACUCAAUGAUGACAAUUUGGAUCCAUCUAUUGAAAACAUCUUGUCAGAAAUGUCUAAACACAUGUUGGACAUCAGUUCUAGGCAGUUGCACCUGGUUAACAUUUUCUGUAGACGUGUUAUUCCGUCCAUUGAACUUAUGGCUGGUAAAGUCUGUGCUAAACCAGCUAAAUUAGCCGAGUCAUAUGGGGAAGAGCAACAGUGGAUGGACAUAUUGUCAAAAAGCGAGAAAGAACUCAGAGAGAGGCUCGUAGGUUUGAGUUUAUCUACUGUUCUUGGUCUUAUAUCUGACCAGGCCUCGAAAGUAGAGAUUGGGUCGUGGAAUCCUGUUGGAAUUACUCAGAUGGUGAAGUGGGUCAUCCAAAAUCAAGACCGAGUUGGCCGUCAACUAAGUCUUUUUACAUCUGAAAUUGAAGGGCUUGGUGCAAGGCUGCAAAGCGUGUGUGAUUACAAUGCAGAAGAAGAGAAGUGUAGCCUCUGUUCAGCUAUUGUUCCUUUCGAAUCUCCAGAUUACGCAUCCUGUAGCAGCAGUGUAGAAUAUAGUGAUCAGGAAUCUACUCAACAGCAGCAUAAACUCACUCGUUGUACCGUGUCUAUGAAGGUUUGCCCUCUUACUACUCUAUGGUUUUGCAUGUGUUGUAAGAGACGUUGUUCAAAUUUACCACCUCUCCAGUUAUUUACCAUGAAUAAUUACCCCCCGGACUUUUUAUCGUUCAUUAAACCUGUGAUAAAUAACCUGUUACCUAUUCCCUUGUGUCCCUAUUGCGGGAUAUCUCUACAAAGACCGCAACCAGACUUUCUACUAUCUGUAUCACCUGUAUAGCAAAACACUAUCACUAACCAGUCUUUAAAAUACCGCUUUUAUUGUAACGAUAAUGCUUGUUUUCAUAAGCGGUCUCUGUUGUUCUGGUAGUGAUGGCUGUAUGUAUGUUUCUAUGACGAAUAAGAUACGAAGGGUUAGCCGAAAUAGGGUCUCAUCUUGUGAGACUGGUUCAUCAAGUGUAAAAUUGUAAUAUUAGUUCAGAACAGGAAAUGCAAUUAGUGUAUAUUAUCAAUAAUUAUUUAUCAUAGCUUUUGUUCAUUGCUAUC